AGCAAGUUUACCAAGAGUGGUAAAAACGUGUUGACGAUCAUCUACAGGAACAGGGUAAAACCCAUCGAAGCUUAGCAGAGAAAAUCUCUCUUUCUCUCUACUGUCGAAUUGUUUUUUGUAGCCAUAGCUUUGUUAGCUAACUCGUGUGAGAAAAGAGCGCAAUGAGCUGUUUCAGUUGGUGCGGGAGUAAUGAUUUUCUUGAAUCUUCUGACUCCAGACCAAUGCAACCGCACAAACCAGCAGGUCACAAUCAAAGCGCUGAUCAGUCAGUAGUUCAGACGAAUGAUAUUGCUGUAGCAGCCAUUCCAGUGGAUGAACUGAGAGAUAUAACCAAUAACUUUGGUCCAAAGGCUUUGAUCGGUGAGGAUGAGGGUGAGGGUUCAUAUGGAAAAGCGUUUUACGGUGUUCUUAAAAGCGGUAAGGCAGCUUUCAUCAAGAAACUUGACCCUAGUAAGCAGCCAUAUCAAGAAUUUAUUUCCAAGAUAUCAAUGGUUUCGAGAUUGCGACACGACAAUGUUAUUGCACUUGUGGGUUACUGUGUUGAUGGCCCUCUCCGUGUUCUGGCUUAUGAGUAUGCUCCUAAUGGAUCUCUUCAUGAUAUUCUUCAUGGUGUCGCAGGAGCACUGCAAGGUCCUUCUCUGACGUGGCAUCAGAGAGUCAAAAUCGCUGUUGGCGCAGCCAAAGGACUUGAGUAUUUGCAUGGACAGGUGGACCCUGAGGUUAUCCACCGUGACAUCAAAUCCAGCAACAUACUUCUCUUUGAUGAUCAUGUUGCCAAGAUUGCUGAUUUCGAUCCGUCUGAUCAAGCCUCUCCCGUGACUGUCCGCCCAUAUUGUUCGCGCGGACUAGAAGCCCUUAAGUAUAAACCUCCCGAGUAUAUAAUAGCGGGAAUGUUCACCAAAAAGAGCGAUGUGUACAGUUUUGGAGUUGUUCUGCUGGAGCUCCUUACAGGUCGUAGACCAGAUGAUCAUACCUUACCGCAUGGACGACAAAGUCUAGUGAGAUGGGCAACUCAUAAACUAAGCAAAGACAAAGUGAAGGAAUGCGUUGAUGCAAGACUACUCGGAGAUUACCCUCGCAAAGCUGUUACCCAGUUGAAGAUCAAGUUUGAUCAUAUAUAUGGUGUGAUGUAUGAUGUUCAGUUAGCUGUGGUGGCUGCAUGCUGCGUGAAAGAUGAGGCAAAGUUAAGACCAGACAUGAGCAACGUGGUGAAGGCACUUCAAACUCUUUGAGAGUCCACUUUUAUAUCAGGGUAUUAACGUUAUAAUGUGCUUGCUUACUUAUGUUUCGCUUUAUUUCUUUUGCGUUUAUGCUUUUUAUCAUCUUUUAUUCUACUAAUUCUCUUCCAUUAAUGAUUUAAACAAUGUAUAUCACUCUAUAUCUCUCAUAUUUUAUCUAUUUUUUAUAUUAUUGUCUGAUUUUUCCCUUGUAAGAACAACUUUUAGAUUAUGGUUAGUGUUAUUUUGGAGUUUUGCAAAUCAUUUUUUUGAAAUGAGUUACAUAAUGAUUCUUUCUCGAACAUUGCUCUCCAGUCCUA